AUGGCUCAACGUGUUACCUUUAGAAGAAGAAAUCCAUACAACACCCGUUCCAACAAGAUCAAGGUUGUGAAGACCCCAGGUGGUAAGUUGGUUGCUCAGCAUGUCAAGAAGCAGGCUAGCAGACCAAAGUGUGGUGACUGUGGUGUCCCUCUACCAGGUAUUGCCACUCUAAGACCAAGACAGUACGCCUCUCUUUCCAAGACCCACAAGACCGUUUCCAGAAUCUACGGUGGUUCCAGAUGUGCCAACUGUGUCAAGGAAAGAAUUGUCAGAGCUUUCUUGAUCGAAGAACAAAAGAUUGUUAAGAAGGUCGUCAAGGAGCAAACUGAAGCUGCUGCCAAGGCCGAAAAAAAGAAGGGUAAGAAGAACUAA